CCAGUGCUGGAGAAUGUAAUGGAGAUGAUCCUGCCUAUCCUUGAGUUCCAGUCUAGUUUACUGUCAGAGAAUACUUAUUUCAAUUUUUCCUAUUUUGUUCUCGAGUCUCCUUCCUCAGAUUUACUUUUCUAUUUAAAUGACGUUCGCGGCUUUUAAAUUUGCAUUGUAAAAUUUAUUUUGGCUCUCCCCGCCUGUUUUUUGCACAUUAAAAAUGAAAACUUUUGUAGAACUAAGCUAAGCAGAUGGUCUUCCUGCAAAAAGAUUGGGCUGAACUAAAGCAUUGCUUUGGAGCUGGUUCACAGAAAAAAGGCAAAACUGGUUAUCCCGACUUCAAGCUCCAAAAUAAACUGCUUUCUUUCUCCGGGAAGUUUCCCCCGCCACACAGACUUGACUGCGUGGCCAGUCCUUUCGAUGCCUCUCGCUCCCAACACGGAGUUCCUCUCAUUUCUUCACAGUCAGCUCUCAGCUGCUGCUGCUAGUUUCUCGGCUCCAGCACCACGGGUACAGCACUCUGAAGUUCACAAAGCACUCUGCAGCACUGACUGAUCCUCACAGUCCUGUCCGGUGGCCUCUCGCAGGUGGUAGUGCAGCUUUUCAGGCCCAGAGCGGCCAGGAGCUAAGCCCGCAGACCCGCCUGGAAGCGCAGCGCGGACGGUCGCGCGACCCCGCGGCAUGGAGGCCUGGGCUUCACCCAGAGGCGCUCGAGCACCGCCCAGCCGAGCCUUAUGCCGGAUGCCACUUCAUAUUUGGGCCCAGAGCUCAAUUCGCACCGAUGCGGUCCGCCGUCCUUAAACCUAUUCAGCCAGAAUCUCUCCCCGACUGUAAAGCAACUCUGGGCGGGAGCGGCAACCUCUCGGCGUCAGUCUUUUGGAGCCGCCGACAUUCAGAGGCAAGACCCGGGAACGCGCGCUGUCUUGCUUUACGGCACGGGUGCGCGAGUUUGCGGCAGCGUGACGCCAGCAAGUUUUGGCGGGAAAAGCGCUGCAUUUGGAUUCCUGCAGUGGUGGGCAAAGGACAGUCCGCCGAGCUCCGGUGGAGUCAUGGCAGUGCCCUUUGUGGAAGACUGGGACUUGGUGCAAACCCUGGGAGAAGGUGCCUAUGGAGAAGUUCAACUUGCUGUGAAUAGAGUAACUGAAGAAGCAGUCGCAGUGAAGAUUGUAGAUAUGAAGCGUGCCGUAGACUGUCCAGAAAAUAUUAAGAAAGAGAUCUGUAUCAAUAAAAUGCUAAAUCAUGAAAAUGUAGUAAAAUUCUACGGUCACAGGAGAGAAGGCAAUAUCCAAUAUUUAUUUCUGGAGUACUGUAGUGGAGGAGAGCUUUUUGACAGAAUAGAGCCAGACAUAGGCAUGCCUGAACAAGAUGCUCAGAGGUUCUUCCAUCAACUCAUGGCAGGAGUGGUUUAUCUGCAUGGUAUUGGAAUAACUCACAGGGAUAUUAAACCAGAAAAUCUUCUGUUGGAUGAAAGGGAUAACCUCAAAAUCUCAGACUUUGGCUUGGCAACAGUAUUUCGGUAUAAUAAUCGUGAGCGUUUGUUGAACAAGAUGUGUGGUACUUUACCAUAUGUUGCUCCAGAACUUCUGAAGAGAAGAGAAUUUCAUGCAGAACCGGUUGAUGUUUGGUCUUGUGGAAUAGUACUUACUGCAAUGCUCGCUGGAGAAUUGCCAUGGGACCAACCCAGUGACAGCUGUCAGGAAUAUUCUGACUGGAAAGAAAAAAAAACAUACCUCAACCCUUGGAAAAAAAUCGAUUCUGCUCCUCUAGCUCUGCUGCAUAAAAUCCUAGUUGAGAAUCCAUCAGCAAGAAUUACCAUUCCAGACAUCAAAAAAGAUAGAUGGUACAACAAACCCCUUAAGAAAGGGGCAAAAAGGCCCCGAGUCACUUCAGGUGGUGUGUCAGAGUCUCCCAGUGGAUUCUCUAAGCACAUUCAAUCCAAUUUGGACUUCUCUCCAGUAAACAGUGCUUGUAGUGAAGAAAAUGUGAAGUACUCCAGUUCUCAGCCAGAACCACGCACAGGUCUUUCCUUAUGGGAUACCAGUCCCUCAUACAUUGAUAAAUUGGUACAAGGGAUCAGCUUUUCCCAGCCCACAUGUCCUGAUCAUAUGCUUCUGAAUAGUCAGUUACUUGGAACCCCAGGAUCCUCACAGAACCCCUGGCAGCGGUUGGUCAAAAGAAUGACACGAUUCUUUACCAAAUUGGAUGCAGACAAAUCUUAUCAAUGCCUGAAAGAGACUUGUGAGAAGUUGGGCUAUCAAUGGAAGAAGAGUUGUAUGAAUCAGGUUACUGUAUCAACAACUGAUAGGAGAAAUAAUAAACUCAUUUUCAAAGUGAAUUUGUUAGAAAUGGAUGAUAAAAUAUUGGUUGACUUCCGGCUUUCUAAGGGUGAUGGAUUGGAGUUCAAGAGACACUUCCUGAAGAUUAAAGGGAAGCUGAUUGAUAUUGUGAGCAGCCAGAAGGUUUGGCUUCCUGCCACAUGAUGGGACCAUUGGCUCUGGGGAAUCCUGUUGGAGUUUCACUCUUGUCUCCCAGGCUGAAGUGCAAUGGCAUGAUCUCGGCUCACUGCAACCUCUGCCUCCUGGGUUCAAGCAAUUCUCCUGCCUCAGCCUCCCAACUAGCUGGGAUUACAAGUGCCCACCACCACGCCUGGCUAGUUUUUGUAUUUUUAGUAGAGAUGGGGUUUUACCAUGUUGGCCAGGCUGGUCUGGAACUUCUGACCUCAAGUGAUCCUCCUACCUUGGCCCCCCAAAGUGCUGGGAUUAUAGGCAUGAGCCACCUUGCCCAGCAAGGGAUUCUGUUCUUAGUCCUUGAAAAAAUAAAGUUCUGAAUCUUCA